CAAAAGUGCGAACUCGAAUUAAACAAAAAAAAAACAUAAAGUUGAUAUCGUUAAAUCGGCAUGGUUAGUGUUGAUCAUUUAAUACAGAUAGAAACAAAAAGCAUAUAAAAAAAAAAGCAAUCUCAAUACGAAUAAAACUACAUUACAGGUCAACAACAGCAACAUCAUCUUUUAUUAACUUCUACUGUCUGUCGUAUUGGAUCCUAAAGGAAACAAUUAUUAGCAUUUAAAAACUAAUUGCUGUUUCAAAAACUGCAACAAAAAAAAAAAAAAACACACAAAAAAGGGAAAAAACUUGUAGAGUUAUCCAAAACAAAAAAACUUUUGAAAAUUGUUUACAAAAAAUAAUAUCCGAAGAAACAAGUAUAUCAACUAAUUUUCCAUGGAUUUUAAUUGAUUCCGUACGGACUUGGCCGAAAUUUGCACAAUGUUAGCUGCUAAUUUACCAGUAUGCCAAUAUGCUGGAAUGCAGCCAGGACAAAAUAAUAAUAACGGUAAUACUGGUAAUGGAAGUAAUAGUGGUGCUGCUGGUGGUGGACUUGUAGGUGGUGGAACAUCGGCUGCAGCUGCUAAAAAUCAACUCGAACAGUUAAACACAAUGCGGGAGGCGUUGUUUUCUCAGGAUGGCUGGGGAUGCCAACACGUUAAUCAAGAUACAAACUGGGAAGUACCCAGUUCACCAGAACCAACAAAUAAAGACCCAUCGGCUGGACCGCCGAUAUGGAAACCAAAUAUAAAUAAUGGUACCGAUUUAUGGGAAUCAAACCUACGCAACGGUGGUCAGCCACCACCACAACCAGUACAAAAGACCCCAUGGGGUCAUACACCGUCGACAAAUUUGGGUGGAACAUGGGGUGAAGAUGACGAUGGUACGGAUACCAGUAAUGUUUGGACUGGUGCACCAGCAAAUCAAACCGGACAACAAUGGGGUCAAACGAGUGGAGGUCCUGGUGCAGGAGGCAGUAGUAAUGCUGGAGCUGCAACUACAAAUGCAUGGGGUGAUCCACGUGAUAUGAGACCUUGUCCCAUUGAUAUACGUAAUGUUGAUCCAAGAGAAUUGCGCACACCAAACACGGACCCACGUGAUAUGCGCGGGAUGAUUGAUCCACGUGAUCCGAUACGCGGUGACCCCCGAGGUAUAUCGGGUCGUCUGAAUGGGACGUCAGAAAUGUGGGGACAACAUCAUCCGAUUCCACCACAUGGACAAAUACCACUUAAUAAAAUGGUAGCAACAGCUUCAGCGACAGUGCAACCUGUUGCAACUGGAGCCAGCACAAACACCCAAUGGGGAUCAGCACAAUCAGUAGUAGGACCAAAGGAUAUGACUGCAGUGAUGGGAACGGGUGCCGGUAAUACAGGUAUAGUGAGUGGUCAAGUAGGUGGUGGAAAACAGCCGACCGGAUGGGAAGAGCCAUCGCCUCCACCUCAACGUCGCAAUAUACCAAAUUAUGAUGAUGGCACGUCUUUGUGGGGACAACAAUCUCGUGUACCUGGAGGUGGCUCGCACUGGAAGGACAUGUCUGAUCCAAUGUCACGUAAUCAUCUCAUUCGCGGAGCCAUCGGCAAUCCAAAUGUAGUUGGAGGCAAUGGCGGUAAUGGUAAUGCGGGUGUCAGCAAUUCUGUGGGUGUUGGUGGUCCAGUAAGUGGUAAUCCUGGUAGCACUAAUUCAGCCCCAAUGAAUAGUGGUGGUGGUCCACCAGGUCGACUUGGUGGAGUUCCAACAGUAGGUGGACAAUUGAAGCCAGACAACACAAUGUGGGUGCAUCCGGCAGCGGCGGCAGCAGCCGCAGCAGCAGCCGCAGCGGCAGCACAAGUUGCUAGUGCACCUCGCAAUAAUGGAGCUUGGGGUGACGAUCAUAACACACCUUCAGGUCCUAAUUGGGGUGAUGACAAAGCACCCGGAAUGUCCAAUUUAACUGGUGCCGGUGGCGGCGGUGGAUCAUGGAAUGAUAGUACAGCCGCAGCGGCUUGGAAUAAAAAUCAAAACAAAAUCUCAGUUGCCGGAGGUGGUGUAGGUCCAGGUGGGUGGGGCGAUUCCAACGAUAUAGCCAAUGAAUGGGGUGUUCAUAAUAUCACAAAACCCCAAUCCAAACUUGUUGGUUUAAAUAGCGAUAUGAUCAAAUCAAGCAAACAAUACCGCAUGUUAAUUGAAACUGGCUUUAAAAAGGAGGAUGUUGAACGUGCAUUGAUUGCAACGAAUCUAAAUGUUGAAGAAGCUGCUGAAAUUCUAAACUCCCGUGCUAAUGCAAUAGAAUCAUGGCGAAGACAUGAUGAAUCAAUGGCAACACUUGGAGGUUUUGAUCAUUCGAACUCGGGUGGUUUCCCAGGACGUUUUCCUUCAGCUAAUGCACAACCAUCAAUGCCAUUCCCACCUGUUAGGAAUACUAAUAUACUUAAUAAUAUGGGAGGAAACAACGUCGGUGGUAAUCCAAAUUUGGCAGCUCUCAAUAACAUUCAACCACUUCAAGUUCAAAAAUACUUAAACCAAGGUGGACCGCACAAUGUCGCUGGACCACAAUCAGCGGCUGCUGUGGCUGCUUUUGGUUCAAAUGCAGCAGCAGCAGCUGCUGCUGCGGCCGCAGCAUCACAUAAUUCUGGCCAACCAACAGCUCAGCAAUUGCGUAUGCUUGUUCAGCAAAUACAACUUGCUGUUCAAAGUGGAUAUUUGUCCAGUCAAAUUUUAAAUCAACCACUUGCACCGGCAACUUUAGUGUUAUUGAAUCAAUUACUUAGCAAUAUUAAGCAUCUCCAAGGAGCUCAAGCAUCUUUAGGUCGAGGCAAUAAUGCGAGUAAUAUGCAAAUAAAUGUGACAGUUGCUAAAUAUAAGCAACAAAUAUCAAAUCUUCAAAGCCAAAUUAAUGCACAGCAAGCAGUUUAUGUUAAGCAACAACAGCCGCAACAACAAUCACAACAACAACAACAACCGCAUCCGGCUGCUGCUCAUGUAACAGGUGCAAAUGUAGAAUACCUUAGAGGACAGCAUGAUGCCAUAAGUGCACUUCAAGGAAAUUUCUCAGAAAUUAAUUUAAAUAAGCCUGGAGGAUAUCAAGGUGCUCCUAAUCAACAGUCCAGAUUAAAUCAAUGGAAGCUUCCAGUAUUAGAAAAAGAUGUCCCAUCAGAAAGUACUGAUUUUUCACGUGCACCAGGUGCUACAGCUAAGCCAAGUAUUUCGUCAUCAACUGCUAAUAAUAUGGGAGCCCUUGGAUUGCAAGGAGAUGGAACCUGGUCAACGGGACGAAAUAUUGGCGAUGGAUGGCCUGAUUCGACAAAUGAUAAUGAGAAUAAAGACUGGCCAGUUGCUCAACCUUCAGCUGCAACUGCUUUUACUGAUUUAGUUCCAGAGUUUGAACCCGGAAAGCCGUGGAAGGGCUCGCAAAUCAAGAGUAUAGAAGAUGACCCAAGCAUAACUCCUGGUAGUGUAGCUAGAUCUCCAUUGUCUAUUAAUCCGACGCCAAAAGAAGCUGAUAUUUUUGCAAAUACAAGCAAAAAUUCUCCGACUGAUUUACCACCAUUAAGUUUAUCAUCAUCAACAUGGAGUUUUAAUCCUUCAACAAGUAAUCAAAAUUUUCCAAGUUGGUCAGAUAAUGUAUCACAGCAAUGCACCACAUCAUCAGAAUUAUGGGCUGCACCUAUAAAUAAAUCAUCCCGUGGUCCACCGCCAGGCUUAGGUACAAAUAAAACUAGUGGAGGAGGUGUAAAUGUAUCUGUUGCCUCUGUAACUAAUCCAUCCGCUGUAUCUGGUAACUCAAAUGGCUGGAUAGGUAGUGGUUUAGCUGGUCGUGUUCCAAGUGCUAAUUCUAAUUGGACAACAACAAAUUCUAGUUGGAAUUCAAAUUGGCUGCUACUGAAAAAUCUAACAACUCAAAUUGAUGGUUCGACACUACGUACCUUGUGCAUGCAACAUGGUCCACUUAUAAAUUUCCAUUUGUAUUUGAAUCAAGGAAUUGCCUUAUGUAAAUAUGCAACUAGAGAAGAAGCAAACAAAGCACAAAUGACGUUAAAUAAUUGUGUUCUUGGUAAUACAACAAUAUGUGCUGAAUCACCAAACGAAACCGAAGUGCAGAGUAUUCUACAGCAUUUACCACCAUCUGUCGGCCAAGCCAAUGUACCAGUUAGUGGUGUAUCUGUAAGUGGUGGCGGUGUUGGUGGCAGUAAUGGUGGUAACGGCGGUGUUGUUGGCGGUGGCAAUGGUGUAUCAUCGAAUGUAGCUAAUGUUGUUGGUGGUGUGAACAAUUCUGGUCCAAAUGGCCCUGGAAAUAAUAAUAAUGGCAAUAAUUCUGGGGUUGGAGGUGGUAAUGGUACCAAUAAUCCUCAAAACUCAGGAAAUAAUUCAGGUGGAUCUGGCGGUGGUGGUGUAGUGUCGAGCGGUGGAAAUGCUGGCAAUUCAGCAUGGCGACAACAAAAUCCACAAAAUCAAUCUAGACCGACAGGGACCGACGCUUGGGGCUCUGGAUCUGUGUGGCAGACUACUAAUACAACAGCCAGUUUAUGGACAUCAUUAGACGGGACGACUGAACGUGGCACACCGUCAAAUCUAAAAUCAUACCUACCGGAAAAUCUUCUCGAGCUAAACUGAACCGAAUAUAAUAAUAAUAAUAAUAAUAAUAAUAAAAGACAUCGAAGAAAAUACAACAAUGCAGCGGCAACAACAGCAGGAUGAGGAGGAGAAGGAGAAUGAUAUUAAAAACUUC